AUCUUCUUUCCGAUUUCUCUAGCAACAUGAUCAAGUACUUACCGGCUGUUCCCAAUAAACGCAGGUUUCAUUACCUUGUAUUUGGGAUCCUUUUAGUUUUCACUAUCAUUAGUGUGAAUAACUACACGGGGAUUCAUGAAACGGUUAUUGACAAGAUCAAUACCAAUUAUAGUUAUUAUUCAAGUCAAAAGGCUAAACCAGGAGUGAGUCUGGUGAAACUGUUGAGCUAUUACCCUUCAAAUGAUACGAAUAUCAUUUUCCCUCGUGAUUUUGAACAUUCGACCUAUAAAGAUUUGAAAGACUAUUUCAACGAAUACUUUGCUAGUUCUAGCAUUAAAGAAGAGGUUGAACAUGUUUUCAAAUAUAGAGGGUCUUCGUCUGCAUUGACCAAGAAAAUCAAAAAUGAAGAUUAUAAACCAUAUAACUUAUCGAUGUAUGACUCGGUUAAGGAUUUGAAAUCGGAUCUCAAUCAAUGUUCCAGUUUGAGUAAAGACGUUCAAUUGGAAAUUUCUCCCUAUACAAAAUUCGACGAUGGUAUGGAACAGAUGGUGAGGAUUCUUAUUAACCAGUUACAAAAUGAUGAUGCUUUUAGAGAAUUGCAACCUUUUUUCAAAAAUGACUUACAAAAACAAAUUGAUGAAAAAACUAUUGAAAAACAUUGGUUUAAAUUUGCUGGAACCUCGGUUUGGUUGGAACAAUACGGGGUCCAUUUUAUGAUCAGUAGAGCCUUGUAUAGUUCUAUUGGCUAUAAAAAAGCUCCUAACUUGAGUUUAACUUAUGCUCAAAUCUUUGAUGAAAAUUGGAAUGAAUUAAAAGACGUUGAAUUGAUUAUUCCAACCGUUAAUCCAGGGGGAAAUCAUGAACAAGUUUAUAAAAAUAUGAAAUUUCCAAAUUUCUUACCAAUUCCCUUUUAUCACGAUACAAAGUAUACCAGGAAAAGAUUCUACGGUCCAGAAGAUCCAAGAAUCUUGUUGACCAAAAAUGAAUAUGGCAUUGAAGAACCCUUGAUCAUUUUCAAUGCUUAUCAUCGGGUUUUAAAUAGAAAACAAAGUAUUACCGAACAAGAAAUGAAAUUGAAGUUUAAUUAUUACCGUUCAAUGUUUAUUAGUUGGCCGUUCCAAUUUCAAAUGGGUAAAACUAACCUUAAUGGAUUUUCAGACCCUAAAUAUGAUAACUUGGUUUAUAAUAAAGUUGUUGAAUUAAGAAGAGAAAAUUCUGAUCGAUUAGAAGUUCAAAAAAAUUGGACCCCUUUUAUCAGUAUUAAAGAUCGUUUACAAAAUCAUAACGAUCAUGAUAAAUUUGUUUAUUUCAUUUACCGCUGGUCAAAUUUGGAAAUUUUAAAAUGUCCUUUGACUAACUUCAAUGAUAAUGAUGAAAGUAUUUGUACUUUUGACUAUAAACGUAGUGCUAAAAUUGAUGCUAAUACCGAUGUUGGUCCUUUAAGAGGUGGUACUGAAAUGAUUAGCCUUAAUCAAUUAUUACCUUCUAAAUUUGCAGAUAUUAAUUCGAAUCAUGAGAUUUGGAUUGGGUUUGCUAGAGCUCAUAUUAAAGCUUGUGGUUGUGGUAAAGAUAUGUAUCGUCCAAACUUGGCGGUCUUGUCUAGAGAAGAAGAUGAUUUCAAAAUUAGUCAAUUAAGUUCUUUCACUUCUUUUAAUAUUCCAGUGGAUGGUUGGACUAUACCUGAAGUCCAAUGUGCUCCAAAAGAUCCAAAUGCUUUAAUUCCAAAUGGUAUUAGCUCCUGGGUCGCUAAAGGCUUUACUGAUCGUAAAGGUAAACCUAUCAUUGAAGAUUAUUUAACUUUAUCUUUAUCGGUUGCUGAUGCUACUAUUCAUACUAUUCAUAUCAAAAAUUUAUUGAAAGGUUUGAUGGAAUCCACCAGCUUUAUGGAUUUCAAUAAAGCUGUUGGUUAUACCGAUGAUGUAGUUGAUUGUUCUUUAAAGAGCUCAGUACAAUUUUGUUCUGAUUAUGGUGAUGAACAACAAAAAUUGGGUACUCAUUGGCAGCCACCUCCACCUCCACCGCCUGCCAAUCAAAUGGAUCCUAAUAAGGGUGGUGAUGGUAAUAAUGAUAAUAAGAACAAUGAAGACAAGAACAACAGUGAUGAUAAGAACAAUAGUGACCAUAAUGACAAUAAUGAAAGUAACCAAAAUAUCAAAAUUCUGGAAAAUCUGGAUCAAAAGUCCAAUAAUUAAUCAAUUAAUUUAGUUUGAUUUUCACUUUCAAUUCUUCCAUCCUCAUUUAUAGACUUUGCUUUGUAUUUAAUACUUUAUAGACCGGU